AUGGUUUCUGAAGUGGAUGAUAAACCUGCUGAAGCAUUUCUAAAUGGUGAGCUUAUUUCAUCAGCUGAUCUUGAGUUGUGGACCAUGGCAAACCCCUACACUUGGAGGAUGGAAUUCUUGAAGCUAAUUGACGUAUCAAAAAAACGGGAAAGCAAAGGUCGACCUUCUGAUUUCAACACAGUGAAUCUUUUGAAGGCUGCUUCAAGUGCAUUAGGUUUUGGACCUCAGACGGCCAUGCAAAUUACUGAACGCUUAUAUACACAAGGUUAUCGUAAAUCACGCUCAGGAACAGAUGCUGGUGAUCAUCCUCCUAUAACUCCAAUGCGACCAACGACUGAGGAUAUUCUUGGAAGAGAUGCCUGGAAAUUGUAUCAGUUUAGAUGCAAAGUAAAAGAUUGUGUUGUAAUACUGAAGCCUUUCAGGUUGGUACCUAUCACCUGUUUGGAGCUGGCUAACGUAUGUAGGAAGGUUGGUUUUCCUCCACAUGUCUUGAAUAUUCUGAUUGGAUUGGGCCUGAAAGUUGCGAUUCCUUUGGCAUAUCAUCCCAAUGUUGACAAGAUUGCCUUUACUAGAAGUAAUACAACAGGGAGCAUGAUAAUGGAAGCAGUCGCUCAAAUGGUCAAGCCUGUAUCUUUAAAACUCGACAGGAAAAGCCCAAUCAUUUUGUUUGAGGAUCAAGAAUAUGAAGAGUCAUAA